UGCCUGCUCGCGCGCCGGGGCCCUGCUCUCGCCCGCCUGCAGGGCAAUGGCCGUCACGGCCAUGAGCCCGGGCAAAGAGCUCGAGAUGGGCAAGGUCUUUGUCGGAGGCCUCUCCAGGGACACGACGACGACGGGGCUGCGCUGCUACUUUGAGCAGUUUGGGCACAUUUCGGACUGCGUCGUCAUGAAGGACCGCUCGACGGGCGCUCCGCGCGGCUUUGGCUUCGUCACCUACCGCCACCAGACCGUCGCUGAUCACGUCGUCGCGCAGCGUCACUUGAUAGACGGCAAGGAGGUCGAGGCCAAGCCGGCCGUGCCGCGCGACUCGGACAGCCUGGCGCGUCCAGCGCUCGUCGCUCCCGUCGUGCCCAGCGUGCCGCCGGUGCCGGCUCCCCCGGUCGGGCGCGAGGUGAGGGCGGGCGAGCUCAAGAUCUUUGUCGGCGGCCUGUCGCACGAGACGAGCGAGCUCGAGUUCAUCACGUAUUUCGAGACGUACGGCCGGGUGACGGACUGCGUCAUCAUGUGCGACCCCCACACACGAAAGCCGCGCGGCUUCGGCUUCAUCACGUACGACAACACGCCGAGCGUUGACCGCGUGUGCGCCAACAAGUUUCACGACCUCAACGGGAAGCGCGUCGAGGUCAAGCGCGCCAUACCGCAAGACCGCAUGCUCGCCACCGUCGCCGCGGAGGCCGAGGGCAGGCCUGCGGAAGGCGGACGGUUUCCGCCCUCGCGCAGGCAAGGCGGGCCGUAUGUCGGGGCAGGGCCGCACACGAUGCCGGCCCCGUGGGCACGGCCGGCGGGAGCGUACGGCGCGAAGCCCGGCGGACGCCCCGGUGCGGAUGAGGCGGCGUCCGGGCUCGAGGGCGCUCACCUCAACAGCGCCAUCUCGUCGGCGAAUUCGGUGCUCGACACGCCUCCGAACGACGUCUUCAACUUUCCGGGAGGCAACUACAGCUCGGCGACGCGCUCCCUCUCUCAAGGGACGCGCGUCACGUACGGCGCGCGCUCGGAGGCGCAGCAAGUGGAGACGUCGCGUGCGGCCGCGCAGCAAGAGGCGCUCUUGUGGCAGCUGCAGGAGGAGCAGCUGAAGCUGCAGAUAGCGCAGCAAGAGUUCAACGCGCAGCAGGUCAAGCAGCUGCAGGAGAUGCAGCAGCUGGUUGCGGCGCAGCAUGCCAUCGUGGCCGAGCAGAGCCGCGCGCUCGGCUCCAAUCCGCCCCACGCCCCCAUCUACGGCGUGCCGCCAGCCAUGCAUCCCGAGCAGGCCCUUCAAAACUUGCAGGCGAUGCAAGAUACUCGUAGCGUGCCGCAAAAUGGGCCGCAGGCUCCGUCGCUAGCGUACCUCCACGGCGCGUCCGGCAUGGGCGAGGUUCAGCAGCAGAUGGCGGUGCUCAACUGCGCCAGCGCCGAGCCCCCGUCGGCGGCCAGUUCUGCGAGCGAGCCCGCCUGAUAGCGAGACCAUCGUCCUGCCGAUACUCAACAUGGAGCCGCCAUGGGUGCUCCCCCCGUGAGCGCUGCUCAGCGAGACGUAUGAGCUCCAACCUGCCGAACGGCGUCGUCCACUCAUUCAGAUCUAGACCUUCUGCGGGCCCCGCCGGGCCCGCGUCGCGUGUGUGGUAGUUAGAGCCAGGUAGAUUCCUAGCCGACGCGAGUAGUCUUGAGGAGAUGAGGUGCGCGCAGAAUAGGGACCGUCGCCAGACCUGCACUGUCUGCGCGCAUGGACCAUGGCCCGCUCGCACCCAAUUCAGUGAUUCCUGUGUAACGAUUCGAUUUGUCAGAACAGCAGCUAGAAUCAGU